UUGCGCCGUCACGCCAAGCCCUAGCUAUAGCCCAAAGCAACACGACAGCAUCAACAACUAGCUCGCUCGCGGCGGCAGCAGCAGCAUCGAUGGCGGCGGCGGAGGAGAUGGCCGUGGUGGUUCUGCGGUGCUUCGACGGCACCACGGUGGCCGCGCCGGCGGGGGUUGUGACCGGGAGGUCGGGCCUCGUGGCGGAGGCGGUAGCCGGCGGCGCUGGCGGCGGCGGGGGAGGCGGGGGGCGCGUGGUGGUGGACGUGCCGGGGAACGUAUCCGGCGUCGACGUCGCGGCGGUUGUCGCGUACAUGGAGGCCCGCGCGGCGGCGGCCGACGGCGACGCGUUCGACGGCGAGUUCAUCGGCGGGCUCACCCACGACGCGCGGAUUGACCUCAUCCACGCCGCGCACCACCUCGCCGACAAGGCCCUCUUCAACCUCCUCGCCUAGAAGAGAUUAGCUUCAUCAAAUCUCGGUUCAUGUUCCAUUAUUAGUAAAUUCAGUCGUUUUUUAUAGUCGGAUUCAAUCGUUUUUGUACCAAAUUCAGUAAUUAUUAUACUGGAUCGAUCGACGAUCGGUCCCCUGUUUUUUUUUGUCUAUUUUU